AUGCCCUCCGAGCUAAAAUGCAGCAAAUCCGUAACCGCCAAUAAUCUGCGCAAGAAAAUCGAAUCCAAUCAUCUAGCGGACCCUACCACAAUUUACUUCGAACUAGGGCGACAGCUGUUGUCUUACGACGUUCGGUUGUGUCCGUCUAACCGUAUCUACUCCAAAGUUGGUACCAUCUUCCUUUUCGAAAUGUUACCAGCGCUCACAGAGGUUCCUAGCAGAGAAUUCUUCGCGAUGCGCCAGAUGCUUUGCAUGUGCAUGCCAAAUCUCGCGCUUGCACAGGUGCUCUUUGUGAGACGUCUCCCGGGCAUGCCUUGGCUCCCCGCGUUCGACUCGAGCGUGAGGAGGACGGAAUGA